ACUGAUUCCACGUUGUUUUGUUUUGCAGAUUAUCGGGCUGCUGGACGUGUUCACCCCGUCCACUACCUACAGCGACUUCCAGGACGUAUAUCUCGUGACUCCUCUGAUGGGUGCCGACUUAAACAAUAUCGUCAAAACACAAAAGUUAACAGAUGAUCAUGUUCAGUUCCUCAUAUACCAAGUCCUUCGAGGCCUUAAGUACAUUCAUUCAGCGGGUAUUAUCCACAGGGAUCUAAAGCCAAGUAAUAUAGCUGUCAAUGAAGAUUGUGAGCUGAAGAUCCUCGACUUUGGUUUGGCCCGGCCCACAGAGUCAGAGAUGACUGGUUAUGUGGCCACCAGGUGGUACCGUGCUCCAGAGAUUAUGCUCAACUGGAUGCAUUAUAAUCAGACAGUGGAUAUCUGGUCAGUAGGCUGCAUAAUGGCUGAGCUUCUGACUAGCAGAACCUUAUUCCCAGGUGCUGAUCACAUUGACCAACUAACGCGCAUCCUAGUGGUCGCCGGAACGCCGGAUGAAGAAACUUUAUCUAAAAUCACCAGUGAGGAGGCUCGCAACUACAUACGCUCGCUGCCCCACAUGAGGAAGAAGGACUUUAAGCAAGUCUUCCGUGGAGCGAAUCCCUUAGCGGUAGACCUACUAGAGAAGAUGCUGGAGCUGGACAGUGAAAGGCGUGUAACGGCAGCCCAAGCAUUGGCCCACCCUUACCUGGCUCAGUAUGCGGAUCCCAGUGACGAGCCUGACAGCGAGCCCUACGACCAGAGCUUCGAGGACAUGGAUCUCCCAACUGAGAAGUGGAAAGAACUUGUCUGGAAAGAAGUUAUAGACUUCUCACCUAAGCCAGCAGUAUUGGCAGAAGAAGCAGAGAAAACGCAGUCAUCAUCGCAGUGAGAGUCGCACUUCAAAACUGAGUACUUUGUUUCGGAAUUUGCUUGAAAACAUCCUUCUUUUCAUGGUGAAAGUGUCAUACAUUAGCAUAGGGGCACCUGAAGAGGAAUAUGUUGUAAAUAUUCACAUGCCAAACAGUACACCCUGUGGAUGUUCCUCGUCAGCUCUGUUCUUGAAGAUAACCUCAGGUGGAAGAUGUCGGGAACUGAUUUUGUAUGAAAUUUGUGUUUAUUAAGAUUAUUGUAUGAUGACAGUUGCUGUUUAUGAUUUUCUUUUGCAGUCAUGUGGGGACUUUUGUAGGCCUGUAAAAUACAUUCUGCCUUAUCCUUAUUAGGCAUGGAUAUUUUUAUCAUUCUGAGUUAUUCUCUGUAAAUUUGAAAGUUAUUACUAUUUUUGGUGUGUAUUUGAAGCAUUAUCAUACUUAUUGUAAUUAUAUUCUAACCACCAUGCUUUGAUGCAAUGUAGAGAGGGAGGUAUCAAAGAUUCGGGUCAAAAGCUAGUUAUCUUUAGAUUUAUUUUGUAAGAGAAGUGCAGGUGGGUGAGGGAGAAUAUAUACUUUGACUUUUAGAGGUGGCCUUAGUCUUGUAUUGUUGAAUGUGCAAUGGUGGCAUCUAGCAGUAAACUUGUGGAAGGGUUAGAUUUACAGCAAUACAAAUGGCCAUUCGUACAUUACUCCUCAGAAGUGCUCGUUUGAACAAAUAGAACCUUGUGUUGCAAUAUGUGCCAUGACUUUCUUGUAUGCAAUAAAAUGGUUCAUGCAUUGCAAAUGCUGCUGAAGUCUAUGAGUAGAUAUUGAACCUCAUACAUUUCUUCACUAAUUUUAGUGAUAUAAUGAUGAAAUGGAAUAGGUCAAUCAUUUCCUCAGUGGUACCCAUUUUAAUGAGAUGAUAAUAGUUUUUUGACUACUAAUUGCACCAGAAAGAGGAUGACUGGUAACAUGCAUUAGGUUGUAGAUCUUUUUUUAUGUGGUUAGUAACUUGGAUCUUCUUACUAACUUUUAAGUAAUUUUUAUUGUUUACAAUACUUAUUGUUGAAAAACUUGCUGUUUGUAUAUGACAUAUUUGAUUUUUUUGGUUGGACUAUUAUGUGAUUUAAUAUUUAUCUCAAAAGUACUUAAGCAGUUCUACUAUACAAAUGAACUGCUCAAUUUAGGUGACAAAAGUCUCUGUAGCUCUUUUUUUAACAAGAUUAUAACCGUAUUUAGUGCCUAGCAAACAUUUCCCUUUGAUAUAGUGGUAACAAUAGUGAUACAGUUUCAAGAGUUCUGUAACAGAUAGAAAGAGAUUUUUUCAAGUUGUCGGAAGAUGUUUACUCAAAUGGAAACAGAAAAUUGAAAGUAACUCAUUUACCAAGAACUAAAGACUACAGAGUUAUGUUACCAGACAGAUCAGAGAUGAUGCCAAGUUCAUUUUCUGCAUAUGUGAUGAGUGAAUUAAAAUGUGAAUGCAAGCAAUGAAUGAAAAAAUUAAAUGUGCAUGUUAUCUGAGUCUUUUGUGUGAUUAAAAAAAGAGCAAAGAAGAGACAUUAAUCUAAAGAAAAUACUUGUCAGAAAAGAAUUUUUAGAAAAAUACCAGGAAUGCAUUGGAAUGAAAGGCAUAUCUUAAAGCCUCUGAACUGACUAUGAUUGCGGCCUUUCAGGAAACAGUAGAAUGAUGUACCACGUAUCAUUUUGGUGUUUGAAAAUUUGUAUGGUAGGUAUUUUUAAACAAAUAGUUUUAUCUGCUUCUUAUAAUUUCUCUUUUUUAUCAUUUCUCUUUUCAUUGUAGUUGUAACUACUGGUUUAUCUUUUCUCAGAGCUUGGACUUGUAUUCCUAUUUAAGCUUUGUUUGACUUUUUGUAAAUAAUGUGUUUGUACCUUUACUUUUUUUUUUCCCCUUUCUAUUGAUAAAUAAUUUGUGUGUAUGUGUGUUUGUCAGUUUAUAUGCCUUUUUUCUGUAUUUUUCCUCUCUAUCUAUCUUUCAGUUUGCAUGUGUUUGUUUGUGUGUGUCUGUGUAUGGGAAUGGCUGUGUUUGUGUGUGUGCACCUCUGAUUGUUGUGGCAUCACCACUUUGAAUGCAGAACAUUGUUUUACUGCAGUGUCUGUGAAAUAUGAAAAUAAGUGUUGCCUGAGUGUGUUUCUUGUAAGAAAGGAAAACAUGAAGAAACAAAAUACAGGGCAUUGGUUCCCUGCCAGUGAUUUAUGUAACAAGUCUCCAUCCGCUUAAUUUCUUUGAUCAAAAUAUUCAUCGUUCUACGUUACACUUUGCCCAUUUUGAUGAAAGAGCUGAGGAAGGAAUAUAAGAGAUAUUAGUCUUCUAGACUGCUGAUUGAAGCCAUUUUCUUUCUUGGUGAAGUGAAAACAAUUUUGAUGGCCACAUCUUUUUCUGUGUGGCAGGAAGUGAUAAUUUUGCCAUGUUGUUUUUGUUUAUUUAUUAGCAUCAUUUAUGAAUAAUCUGUGCUUAAGGUGUGACUCUUCUUUCAGUGAUCACUACAUUGUUAUCAUACUGUGUAUCUUGUGAACUGCGCUUUCCAUUUUCAGUGACCAUUUGUCCUUGGUUAGAAAGGAAUGUGAAACUGGCUUUUAUAAUAAGCUAUUUUUUUUUAAUGUCAAAGGAGCCAAGUUUGCCACAAUGUUGUUUGUGCUGUUUUUCUGUAUGUACAUUUUGUCAUUUUGUAUUUUGUUUUCAUGGAUGUUUUAUUUGUGAUGUGGAGAUGAUAUGUCCAAGAACUUUGGUAUUAUAUACAUUUUAUAACUUACUUUCAUCUUAAUGAGCAAUUGUGAGAAAUCAUCCUAAUUAUUGUCAUUAUUGUUUUUAUUAUUUAUUUGUCAAUACCUUUUCAUGGGGACAGCUAAUAUCACAAGGCAGCUGUUGUAUAUUACCAUCAGUUCAUUUACUGAAUUUUCUUAGUGUGGGACUUGUAUUUUUCCUUACAUUUUGGUCUUUUUCAGGUAAUGAAUUUCUUUAAUUUGAUUGUUUGUACAAAUGACUUAUAAAGAGGUCAUUGCAUCUGAUAUAUGACCUAGGGUAAGUUGUCUGGAAUGUGAACGGAAAUGGUGCCUCAUUUUAAAGAAUGCUGUUGAGACUUUUAAUACACUGUACUUCUCUUGGCAUCAGAAGUAACUUGGGUGAAAAAGUAAAGUACAGGAUAAAAGAAAUAAGAAGGAGCCUGUUUGCCAUAUGGGGUAAUUUUAUUUCAAGAAAUGAAGAUGCUCUUAACUUUUUUUUAUUCUUUUUAUAUUUAGUUUCUUUAUAGGGUUGAAGGCUUAGUUUUAUAAAAUUCUGUUUUAUUUAUUUAUUUAUUUGUUAUUAUUAUUAUUAUUUUUUACAUAAUACAAAUUGUGGUAUUGAUGGUCUAUGCCUAGAAAGUAAAUUGUCUGGCUGCUCAUUGUAAGAUUUCUUACAAUAUUGCCUUAUAUCAAGCAAGCCAUUGAAUAAAAACAUGUAAAUAUACUACAUAACAAUUAUAUUAUUUAAACAUUUUUUGAUUAACUUCUCAUUAAGUGUGAAAAUGUGGCUAAGUCCCUGAUUUAACUUUUUACUAAAGUAACAAGAUUGCAGAAAUGUGAAUGAGGUAAUCAGAUUGUGUAAAGAGAGAGACAAGAACUGUGCCUUCACUACAAACAGAUGAGUUGGUGCUGAAAGUUUGCCACUUCCUGAAAUUUAAUCUAUGUGAUUUUUUUUAUUUGCAAAAAGAAAUUCCCUAUAUGAAUUGAAUCAAAUUGUAAAUUCCAAAGUUGAAUCUUCAAGCUCCUCUGCUUGCUGCAAAUAACUUGAUUCAAGAAAAUAAGUCCAUAACCAAUUUUAAGAAUACAAAUCAAAUAUAAUACUUUAUUUUGAUUAGAAUCUACAUUGUAAAGAGAAGUCAGAGAUGAGUAUAUUUAACCUAGCUAUAUGUUAGUUGUACAGGAAAGGAAAUUCCUUUUGAUAAAGAGAAAAAAAUUGUUUAGAAAAAAACAAAAGAAAAAACAAGUGAUGGUUUUAAGAAUUUAUUUAAAAUGAGCGAAUUUUUUCCAUGUGCUUACAGUUUCAUUAUACUUUUUCAUCCAUGCCAAAUGCAGGCUUUGUGCACUUUUUCCCAUUUUUUUCAAUUUCUGUGAAAAGCAAAGAAUGUAUGGUUUUGUGAUUUGUGAACACCUCAUUUCUCGCCUGUCAUCUUUGCCUCAUGCUGUGUUGACGUGUUUCUUUUUUUCUAAUUGUAAGUUUUGUUGUGGAAUAUAGCUAAGGAGAAAGUUAAUACUUAAUGUAAAUUUUAUGAGUUGCAAUGAUCAUCCUUAAUCUUUUAUUGUAAAUAAAAUAAUGGCUUUUU